CUUGUCAAAAUUUAAAUAUACAUGCUGAUCAAUACCGUUAAAUCAACUGUUUGACUUUUGUUCCCGCAUAUCAGUCGAGAGUGAAGUUUCAAACAAGCUUUUCAAGAAUUGUUGGAAAUAUGCGCCAAAUUAAGGUAAGCAUUUCAGGAAAUAUUUAGGGAGUAUUUUUGGUUAAAUAAAAAAAUUGCUUAUGAACAAUGCGAAACGCGAAUUUAUAUUACUACAUAAUGCUUUAAUAGCUCAUAAUUUUAUAUCACUAAUACAUAUACUCAUCUAUUUUGUUUCUGCUCAAAUUACCAUUAAAAAGUUAGCGAUAUUAGUUCAAUCAUGCAUGAAACAAGGCUAUAUCCGUACUAAAAUUUAUAUAGAAUUAACAACUGCAAACUAAAUUCACUAUUAAAUUCCAGACUAAGGGCUUUCGCGCAAAACGUCGACCUGUUUUUGAUACAGUAUAGUUGCAAUACACAAAAAAGCCUACAAAUUAUAUUAUUAUCUGCCCUAUAAUUUGUAAAAAAAUACACGAGGAAAAAUUUUGAUGCUUGAAAAAAAUUUCUGUUAAAAAUAGCACGCAAAAUUUUAGACCACGCAAGUUAAUCUGAAAGUGAUUAGCAAUAUACAGACUCGUUAGAAAUCGUGGGAUGAUUAUUGUCUGAAAUUAGGUUUAUUAAAGACAUGCAGAAUAAUGUAUUUUAGGCAAAUUAGGAUUCAUCAUUCAGGCACUUUAACAACUUCGUGUGAAAGAAAAAGAAAUACUUGAUCUAAGUAUCUAAUGAAGCAAUAAUUGUCAAUUGAAACAAUUCCAAUGGAUAUUGAAUGAAAUAUCAACUGACAGAAUUUUUUAUCAUCGUGCUAAGAUACAGUCCACUUUGUGAAUUAAAAUUUAAUGCCUGACAAUUUUUAAAGAUUAUUUGCUGGCCGUGAUCUGAAGUGGACGACUAUAUUUAUAUAUAUGCAAACAAUAUCGCAAAGAUGUUAGCAGGCUGCGUACCAUGGCUGCACUCAAGUCAAUAGCGGAACUUUUAUUUUGUUGCAUUCAUUAAAGCGUCACUUAAAAUGCACAUGAACUAUACUCUAUAACGAAAACUUUUAUCGUCUUAUUUUAAAGUAUAUACAAACUAUACGGUAUAAUUGCUUUUGCAGUUUUUCGUUCCGUAUAAUUAUGCUUCGCGGUUUUCGAGAUAUUUCCAGUCGUAGUUUGAUAUACAGUACGUCUCAUGGAUUCAGGCUACGUCACAAUAAUAAGUUAUCAGAUUAAGUUGUAUAUCUUUGCUAAUAUCGAAUAAAAUAGAAGUAUUAGACUAGUAUAUUGUGCAUUUGUGGGUAGUUUAAUUAAACACAGACCACGGCAGCUUAUUGUAGGAUGCUAUACCUACACUGGACCACCACAUUUGAGAUAUCUUUUUCAGGUAGUUCAGAUACAAACCGCAGCAGCUUAUUGUAGAACACUACCUAUCUGGGCCAUCACGUUCGAGACAUAUACAUGUGCAGUAAUACCACACCACAGGGUUUAUUUUAAGAAAAAUUUAGAACUGCACAUUUAGGGAUGUUACGAAGGCAACGGGUGUUUGACGGGGGAGGGGGGGGGUCGAAGGAUUUUUUAUCUGCAUAUAGGUGACAGAAUAAUGGUGUGGUUGGGUGGGAGAAUUGGAGAAAGGCCAGACAAACUCGAUUUUGGGUGCGGGAGCUAGGGGGUGUUCCCCAAAACAAUUUGAAUCUAGAGGCUCCUAUAGCUCUGGCAAAGAUUUGUUUACCCAACCACUCACAAAAACUGUUUCAAAACAUGUAAGUGGGAAUCAUGGAUAUUCAAUAUAUAACAACCUUAAAUUUGCAUUUGAGGCAGCAACGAAUAUUAGGUUCUCCGACUCUAAUCUCUUUUGGGUUGCUUCGCUCGCCCCAAUUUUACCUUCUUUUCCAUUACGCCAGCACGUAUAAGUGAUUUGUGAGGAAAAUAGGAAGGUCUGGAGUUCUCCCCCCAGAAAACGUUUAUAUUUUUGAUGCUCAAUUAAUGACAGCAAUUCUGGAAUUUUCUGGAGCAUCCACAAGGGUAACGAGUAAAUGAGGAGACUGUUUUAAUUAAGGCUAUUUUUGUUAGUUUGGUGACUGCACAUUGAUGUUUUAAGAACUGCACAAAUGGGUUUAGAACUGCACAUUUUGUGUAGAACUGCACGUUAAAAUAAACCCUGCCACACCAUCAAUCAACAGGAUUUUUGUAAGUGAAAACUUUUGUUAAAUUUCCUAGUUCUUUGCAGUCGCGUCCAUAUUAACAGUAAUCCAAGCAAGCGCGUCUGACAAUAACCUCGACCAGAACGAGAGAAGCCCAAAGGAAUCAUGGUUUUCAAAUGAAAUUGAAAAUAUAGAGAGAAAUGUGAACGACCCAGUGAGAGAAGUCGUUCCUUUGCAAGACGGAUAUAACGAUACACCGAGAGCAUUCAAACCCUGGGAGUAUACAUCAGAUUUGCCUAGAGAUUCAAACAAUAUUGAGAUGGAAUCCCACGAGUGGCAAUACAGAUCAAAAAUAAAUAAAUUUCCAACCAACACCAAAAUUGUCAAAAUCUUCAACCGACGUGGUUUCCUAGCAAUCAACAAGUAUGGUGAAGUUUAUGCAAACGGAUCACUUGAUGCUCCCGAAAGUAUGUACUGUAUAAAUUCUUUAAUAUUGAAUUGGUUUAAUUAAAGGACAUAUAUGACUCGAAAAUUGACGAUGUUAUUUUUUUGUCUGAUGUGAAAGAUCAUUGAAAACUGCAGAGUAACUUCUUUGAUAGAUUUUUGUUUUCUCGCUUCGUUUUGAAGAUAUUUCAUUUUGUAUGAUAUGCAAAGGGCCAGGGCGAACAUGAUUAGGCGAAGUUCAACUCCCGAUGUUUUGCAAACAUCUCUUAGUAUAUAUCAAUUCAAAAGUGCCCUUUCACGAAAAUCUGCCCCCCUUGCCUUCACAUCGUUCCGACGUCCCUGCAAAGGGCCAACUUCCUAAGUCACAUAUGCAUAAUGAUUUAGCCCUAAAAGCUGCCUAUAUCUUUAAUGCGACUAAACACAAUCAGUAGAAAACAUACAUGGGUGUUUUUGUGGACAAAUCUCGUGCUCGUUAUUCAUUUUGAGCGAAUUUAUUUGAUAGUGACAAAAAUUAUAUACCAUUUUAAAGUAAGUCAUUAGGCAUGUGUGACCUAGAAAGUUAGUCCUUUGCAUAUCAUACAAAAUGAAAUACCUCCAAAACGAAGCAAGAAGUCAAAGAAGUUACUCCACACAGUUUUCAAUGAUCUUUAAAAUUAUACUAAAAAAUAACACCGUCAAUUUUCGAGUCAUAUGCCUUUUAAAUCAAUUUUCCAGUUGAAACUGACUGAAUGACAUGGAGUAUUAAAAAUUGAUUACAUAAAUACAAAAACUGUCUGUACCAGUGUAGGUAGUACCAAUUUAAAAAUGCUGUGCUGCAGAGUGGUUAUAUCACUACCUUAAAAAAUAAGCAGAAACUCGACGUUUCGAGCGAAGGCCCUACUAAAUCUUAAGGAAGGGCCUUCGCUCGAAACGUCGAGUUUCUGCUUAUUUUUUUAGGUAGUAAUAUAUAACCACUCAGCACAGCAUUUUUACAUAAAUACAACCUACACGCGUAAAAACGAACAGUUGAAGUAAUAUUUCAACUCUGACUAUGAGGAUUGAAUGCACUAGAUUCCAUGCAAGUCCGCGCAAUUUGAUCUCUAGUCCAGCCCUUGAAAUCUAGUCCCGUCCUCAUAGUCGAUAGGAUUUGAAAUAACAUCUCGUACGAAUAAAUCACCAUUUAAAGUGAGGUGAAUUAAUCUUGAUCCAGUCCUAGGACUGAAUCAAUAUACUUUACCAGGUAUUCAGUAUUAUCAUGUAAGCAAAAUAAAGCAACAUGGUUGGCUAAUUUAGUUAUGAAUUAUGAAUGAGUUUGAAAUGGGUAUUGUAGACGGAAAUUUAAAAACUGAACAGAUUUGAAAUUGCUCUCAAUUUCGCAAAACAGCUAUUUGUAUCCAGUUUUUUUAAUAUAUGGAUGGCUUCUUUCGGUAUUUAUAAUGUAGAAUAAUGAAAAAAAUUGUCGAACUCAAAUUUUAUAAACCAGGAGGGUGUGUCUUUUCCGACGAACUAAAAAUGGCUUGCGCACGAGAUUUAAAAGAUUUAAUCAUAUUUUGAGUUAAUAGGUGGAAAAUUUGUUGGGUUUUUAAUCAAAAUAUUAUUAAAGCUUUUAAAUUUCGUGCGCAAGCCAUUUUUAGUUUGUUGGAAAAGACACCCCCUCCCUGGUUUACAAAAUUUGAGUUCGAGAAAUUUUUUUCAUUAUUCUACAUUAUAAUACCAAAGGAAGCUAUAUACAUAAAAAACUGGACACUAAUAACUGUCUUGCGAAAUUGAGAGCAAUUUCAAAUCUGUUCAGUUUUUUUUAUACACCCUGAAGAUCAUCCGCCUGCAGGAAUCGAUGACCUGCGGCCCUGCGAUUCUGGCGCGGCGCUCUAGCCAACUGAGCUACAGAACUCAGUCGUCCGAGCUCUAAUCACAAGUUCAUGUAUAUAUACUAGGUCUAGGGUACUACCGUGUUAGGUUAUGGGUAAAUAUCAAGAUUUUGUUGGCAUCUCAUCAGUUCAAUGGACCUUUAACCUUAUAACUAAAAUUUUGAUCUAGACAAAAAUUUCAGCACAGCUUGAAAGAGCAUCAUAAAAUUAGUAAUAUUCCAAAGUUUUGUUACGAAAUGUUGUAAAAUGCGGAUAAUAUAGCCGUGCGAAGUUUGCAAUUUUCAGUCAUUUUAGAUUACAAACGGGAAAUUGAUACCCAAAUCGGGUGUUUGGGUAUCAAUUUCCCGUUUGUAAUCUAAAAUGACUGAAAAUUGCAAAUUUCGCAAGGCUAUAUUAUCCGCAUUUUACAACAUUUCGCAACGAAACUUCGGAAUAUUACUAAUUUUGUGAUGCUCUUUCAAGCUGUGAUGAACUGUUGUCUAGAUCAAAAUUUUAGUUAUAAGGUUAAAGGUCCAUUGGAUAAUAGUUGCAGGACAUCUGAUGUAGGUGCAAAUUAUCGAGUAUAAUUAACGAGGUUUAUAGCCAAUCAAAUUUCACGGAUUACGUCACAUGCACACCUUUGUAUACCCCAUCCAAAUGAGGUUUAGGCCCCGUUUACACUAUACCGGAUUGCUGUCGGAGUGGGUCAAAUUUUGUAGGCAUUGAAAGGCUGAAGAUUUUUAAUCUCAGAGACCCAAAUAAACAAGCCAAUUCUGUCAAACUAAUAAGCAUUUGCUACUAACCAUUGCUCCUUAACGGCAGAAGAUGAUCGCGUGACGAGCGAAUCCGGUAUAGUGUAAACGGGGCCUUAAUAAUAUGCAAAUCAGUUAUGCAAACACUCGUGUUGUAUCUUUUCUGUUACGAUGUUAAAUUAUUUGCAUAUUUAUUAAAAUCUCAUCGGUCCAUGCAUUAUGAAAACAAAAUCAUAUUCACAUAAUCCAAUACCAAAAUUAUUUAACAAGCACCAAUUUAUUUCCCCGUCCAAAAAUUAUCGCAAGAAUUAAACACGCAGUUAUUAAACACUGGUGCUAUUGUACAGGGUGUAUAAAAGUAAAGGUAAUCGAACUUCAGCGCGCUAUUGUUAUCUGAAUUACUCUGCGUAUGAACAAAUUUUUUCAUCUUCGGAAAGAUCAGGCUUUUAGCUGUUGAAUAAUAUCUUCUUCAUGCCAGCGGCGGCGGAACAGAUUUCAUUCUGGGGGGGCUAAAUUUUUUUUCCGUGACCCCUCCCCGUCGCCAAAAAAAUUUUGGUCAGUCUACCAUUUUAGGGGUACAAAAAUUUUUCCGCACAUAUACGAGAAAAGAGAUUAAAAAUUUUUUUCCGGACAUAUACCAAAAUUUUUUUCCGGAAAUACACAUUUUUUAAACAAAAUAUUGCAAAGUUUUCCCCUUAUACCUAAAUUUUCAAACAAUAACCUAAAUUUUUCCUUAAUUAUCAAAAUUUUUCCACAAAAAACUAAAUUUUCUGGGGGGCUAAGCCCCCCCACUUUUACUUCGGGGGGGGGGGCUUUAGCCCCCCUAGGCCCCCCGGUUCCGCCGCCCCUGCUUCAUGCCAAAUGGAUAAAAAAUGAGCAAAUACGAAUCCGAUAAAAAUGUUAGUUAGAAUCGUAGAUUUUCACCGUUGAGAGUUGGGUAUAAAAGUAUAAAACCAUUGAAAAUUAAUCCACUUUGGUACUUAAGUUGAUGAAUUUCACUUCAAUAAAGAAUUUCACUUCAAUGUCAUUCAAUAGCUAAAAGCCUGAUCUUUCCGAAUAUGAAAGAAAUUGUUCAUAUGCCGAGCAAUUCACAUACAAUGGGGCGCUGAAGUUCGAUUACCCUUCUUUUUAUACAUGCACCCUGUAUAACUCGAUGUAUACUCGGUGAAGCGAGGGAAGUGAAGAAUCCGUAUUUUUCACGGGAUCUAGUAUCGGAAUGCACCAACUAAAAUCUGUCAUGUCAACCUUAAAAUACUGCCUACUCACCUUUUAUCGUCUCCACAGUCUACACAACAGAUUCAAUCUACUUUUAUCGCUCAAAUAUCGCUUCAAACCACAAAUUAUAACAUACAAAGUUCGCCCUGGAUGAUAUCUCCCUCCCCCUUCGCGUUGCAAACCUCUUUCACAAACCGACUCAGCCACAUAUUUAAUGUUUCUGCGUUCAUACCAUGUAAUGGUGUAGUCAAGCCUCCGACUUGAGAUAUAUCUAAGUUCGCUAACUUGAGGGCACAUUCCUAGCAGCCUUCGAAAACCUUGACGGCCCAUUUUGUAUAUUGUAUUAUAUCCUGUAUUCUUCGGAAUAGUACUGGCAACCAAAAGACGCUUUUCCUCUGCUUUCAAAGGUUUUCUGAACCAGCUACCACCUUCCAUCACAGCGGCUAAAUGCAACCUACACGCCCUCUCUUCGCAAAAAAAUUCAACCUAUUCUAGCUGCAAACCUCGGAAUUUCCCGCUAAGAAUGCACUUUGCAAUUCUUAAGCAUAAAAGAUUUUAGACCCCUGGGAAUUGAAAUCGAAUUGCUAAUACAUUACAGGGUGUAUAAAAAAAAAUACUAAAACUGUCUGUACCAGUGUAGGUAGUACCAAUGUGAAAAUGCUGUGCUGAGUGGUUAUAUUACUACCUUAAAAAAUAAGCAGAAACUCGACGUUUCGAGCGAAGGGCCUUCGCUCGAAACGUCGAGUUUCUGCUAAUAUGUAUAAAAAAAAACGCAACCUCGGAAUUUCCUAAGAAAUACUUUGCAAUUCUUAAGCAUAAAAGAUUUUAGGCCCCUGGGAAUUGAAAUCGGAUUGUUAAUAGAUCAUAUUACUGUUGUUGUGCAUUAAAUAAAUGCAUAAAUUUUGCUUUAUGCACUCGCGUGUGCAAUAAUUUUGACAGUUGUGCUAUUUUAAAUUCCCAGGCGCAUAAAAUCUUUUUUCUUUAAAACAAUGUGGAUUUCUUGGGAAAUCCCGAGGUUGCGCUUUUUUUUAUACACCCUGUAUGCACUCCAUCAAUAUUUCACGCACCACGGUUCAGCAUAUGUGCAAUUGAAAAGGCAUUCAAAUUUUGACAAUAUGCUUGAUUUUUAAAGGUCUCCUUUUUUUUGAUACACCCUGUACAGUAUACUAGGUGCAAACCUCGGAAUUUCCCGCUAAGAAUGCACUUUGCAAUUCUUAAGCAUAAAAGAUUUUAGGCCACUGGGAAUUGAAAUCGAAUUGCUAAUACAAUAGUUUUCGGUUUUUGGGGACACCCUGUACAGGGUGUCCCAAAAAAACACCCAAACUAUUGAAAUAACGUAUUGUUAGAAUUUGAAUGCCUUAGCACUAGGCUGAACGCAAAGAUGCGUAAAAUAUUGACAAGGGUGCAUAUAUUAUAAAUAUUGACUUUAUUAAGAAAUUAAAAUAUCUUUGUAAAGCGCAAGAUUUUCUGCUAUUGGGAAUUUAAAGCAGCUUCGCAAACAGUUUUUUUAUGCAUAAAAUUUACUUAUGUCAAGUUUUGAUGCACGUGUGGGUUCAGCAGAGUGCUAAGGCAUUCAAAUUUUAACAAUACGUUAUUUCAAUAGAAGAGGUUGUCAACAUUGUUAAUUAGAGAGUUUAAGAUCUACGACGCGGCCGGCUCAACGACGCGCUUGUGAAAGAAAGAAAUUUGUCAUGCAAGACAAAAACUGUGAAUAAAUUUGUGGUCCCAACUCCCAGGGGUAUUCUCAACGGCUUUGCCAUGCUCAGCAGAACGUUAAACCAAGCAUUAUGACGUCUUUCAAGCAACGCGAAGCUUAUUGCGACCCAAAAGGUGAUAUUUAAUGUCGAAAUUACAGCAAACAUUGCAUCGCUUUAGUCAAACUUAGCAGUUUGUAAUGUUAUUUGAAAAUCGUCAAACGUUUAUUACAGUAAUGAAAUUGCUUAGCGUUCAUUUUUUAGCUGAAAUUCAGACCGCGUCAUUGAGCCGGCCGCGUCGUAGAUCUUAAACUCUCUAUUACAGCAUUGGUCAGUUGUAACAAUGCUGUAACGACAGUGUUGACAACUUGUUCUUGGGGUACAGCACAAUCUUGUUCAAGCACGCCCAUUUUAUAAAAGAAUUCGUAGUUUCUGAUUGGCUAACAGCCAACUGUGAAAUCAACUCAAUAGCUGACCAAAUAUGGAAUUUUGACAUAAUCUUAAACGGAGUGACGUCAUAACAUUGAUAUGAACAAAUCAUACUAAUGUUAUGACGUCAUGUUGUGGAAAUAUAAAAUGUGGAAACACGACCAAAACAAUACGGCACAGCCUUGGCACAGCAAGGGAAGCAAAAUUUAAAAUAUACAGAAACAAUAUCUGCGAAAACAGCUUGCAACUCAUGAAAGAAAAAUAUCACGAAAACAGCCAUGAAAGCUUUCGAAACAUCUUCAUUGGUCAUUCAGCUUCCAGCCUUCGGCUGAUAACACAAACUUUGGCUUUGAUAAUUCAUGUACACACAUAAAAAUGUCACAUCUUGUAACAAGUCUGCCAACAAGCCGUCAACAAGAUAUAUUCGCACUGCUUGUAACAAGUUGUCAACAGGUUUGGAACAACUUGUUGACAACUUGUAACAACCUUGUCGAAAUUAUCAGACUUGUUGCAAGGUUGUUCUGACAAGUCCGUUACAUGCUUGGUAUAACAAGAUUGUUACAACCUUGUGUUGACAACCUGGUAACAUCCUUGUUAUAUCAUGGCUGUAACAAACUUGUUGGCACAGUCUUGUAACAAGGCUGAUAAUGCCAUCAAGUUUGUUACAAGUUGUUAACAGCUUGUUCCAAACUUGUUACAACAAACUUGGAACAAGCAGUGCGAACACAACUUCAGUGUUGACAGCUUGUGAACAGACUUGUUACAAGGUUGUUACAAGCUGUGCGUUUUUACGCGUCUGGUACACGAACUUGCAAUUAGAUUUCGACAACUGGACUCUGUAGCUCAGUUGGUUGAAGCACUGCACCGGAGUCGCAGGUAAAUCCAAUUCCCCUUAGAUCUGACACUGUUUUUAUAGUAAUUUACUCCGCUUAACUCGAACUCCUCGCUAAUUCGAACAAAUUUUGUUUUCCCUUGGUCAAAUUUACCCCGUUAACUCGAACUUUGUUUUCGAGUCGUGGAUCGGCAAACCUUAAAAUGUCAGAACAUAGCAUUUUGACAACCAGUAACUUGGAUUUUUAUUCAAAUAACAACAAUUUAAUCGGUGUAUAAAUGAUCAUAAAUUUAAAGAGAUUAUACACAUAGUUGCGACGAUUGUUAUUGAUCUAAUUUUUUUAGUUCCUUUUGUAAAUUUCUACAUAUUUUUCAUGUGGAAAGAACUUUAGUUUGCAUGGAAAUUGCAUAGAUCGGAAGAGCACCCAAGUUAAAAAGAUCAGUACUGACUAUAUAUAAAGAACUUUAGUUAUAGGAAUGCACAAUUAAACCUUUUGUAAUUUUGAUGAACAGUGAAUAAAACUUUUAUACCUUAUCAAUUAUUAACAUAAUAAACGAAAUCUGACACCAAGUCCGGUUAAUUCGAAGCCCCGCUAACUCGAACAAUUUUUCGUUCCCCUUGGGAGUUCGAGUUAGUGGGGUUCUACUGUAGUUACAUUUUUCAAACGUUCUCCUGGUUAGGUCUGAUAAACGUAUGAAAUUCACACUGGAAAUUUCUAUCUACAAAACCUUUCAAAAAUUAGUUACAUUCAAUAAUUGUUACUGCAUGUUUCAUCCUUAGUCAAAUUCAAGGCAUUGCUCUACAGUCUCCAGAAGAACACGUACAAAGUGAGAUUGCUGAAUGUAAAAUACAGCAAGUACAUAGCAAUUUCAUGCAAGACUGGCAAAGUCUACUCAACGGUAUGAUUAAAUAAUCUUUUACAAUUAAAAUCGUCAGUAGAUGAGGAUUGCAGUCUAAGGAGAAUAAUAACUGUGUUUGUUGAGUAAACUCUAGAUUAGGAGUUUGGACUAUGGUUAUUAAUUACGGCUAGGGUUAUGAGUAAGAUUAAGAUUAUGAUUAAGAUUAAAUUAGAAUUAAGAUUAUGAGUAAAAAUAGGGUAGGGUUAUGAUUAACAUUAUGAUUAAUGUUAGGAUUAAGAUUAGGAUAUGAUUAUUAAGUUUAGAAUUAAGAUUAGGUUAAGGUUAUAAUUAAGUUUAGGAUUAAUUAGGGGGAAUUCCUUUGCACUAUUGCAUGAGGAGGGGGGGGUUGCGGCAAAAUAUUAUAAUUUUGGAUGAAAAAAACCCAUAGCAACCAAAGUAAACAUAGUAAAAAUAAACCGUUGCUAAGCAGAAUUAUCGGAUAUCUUUCUACAUAAACGGAUAUUUCGACGAAAAUGUUUAGAAUAUCCGAAUGAAAACACAAUGAAGUGAAAAUGUAAUAGUUUAUGUGAUAAAUAAAGCCAAAAAAAUAUUUUAAAAAUUUUAAACUGUCCUGAAAUUUUAAGGUAGACGGCUACCACCAGCCGGAUAAAAACAGUAUGAUAUAAUUAGGUUAUUUUGUGUGUGUCAGUGGUGUUAUGUACUCAGGUGAAUAUGUUUGUAAUGUUACUCAGAGUGUGCAUCCACACUCAGAGUAACAUCACAAACAUCAUAGUAUGAUUAGGGUUAGGAUUGAGGUUAGUAUUAAAGUGAUGAUUAAGUUUAGGAUUAAAAAGGUUAGUUAGGAUGAAAAAUCUUGUUAAAAUUAUGAAUAAAGUUAAUUAUAGUUUGGGUUAGGAAAGUUAUGAUAAAGUUUGGAUUAAAAUGAUUACGAUUAAGGUUGGAGUCAAGUCAGUGGCGUAACUACUAUGGGUUCAGACCGGGAGAACCCGGGGGCCCCAACCCAAAUGGGGGCCCCCAGGCUUGGGCGAUAGAGCAUAAACAUUGGCCAGGGCCUCUGAUAUGUUACAAUGUCGUUUUAUGACCAUCAGAAUUCUGUAAAAUCUCUCCCCAAAGUCCAGGAAAUGGCAUUUCAGAGAGCCUAGAUUCAAACAUUUUCCGGAUGAGCAUGCCCUGGACCCUCUAGAAAAUUCGUGCAUAUACGGCGCUCGACUCGUGCCUUUGGUACUUCUACUAGGGGGGCCUUCGAAAAUUUUGAACCGGGGGGCCCCUGAUAUAACGUUACGCCACUGAGUCAAGUUUAGAAUUUAAGGUUAUGAUUAAGAUUACGAUUAAAGUUGUGAUUUAGAUUAUGAAUAAAUUAUGCUUACGGUUCUGAUUAAGAUAAGGUUAAAAUUAGGAUUAAGGUAUGGUGAGUAUUAAGUUUAUGGUAAGGGUUGUAUAGUUCGUGAUAACUUGUGUAUCUACUAUGUAAUUUUCUCCCGCAUCAUUUAGCCUAAAGAACAAAAUCUUGAAACAAUUCUGAUAUAUUUACCAAACGCUGCCAACGGAGACACAUUUCAAUCAGAAAAAUGUUCCCAAGGCUCUUCCAGCUUCUGGUAUUUAGGCAUUAAGAAAACUGGUGGCAAAAUUAAGAAUGCAAGAGUGGCAAGUGCGCAAGACAAAGGAACGAAAUUUUUGCUCAUUACAGUUUAGAUAAAAAUUCUAGUCAAUAAAGUGUAGUUAAUGUAUA